AUGGCGAUUUUUCCCGGAAAUUUCAUCUGCAAAACUGCAAUAUAUUACCGAGUAUUUCUGAUUCCUUGGGUCAAAAGAAACAGCAGCUUAAACUGUUCAAAUGGCAGAGACUACAAUGCUUCAGUUCCGGUGAGGUACAUUCCCAAGAAAUCUUCAAAAUGCGAAGAUUCCAAUGCUACUUCUUUGCCGGUGAAGCAUUUGGAGCACAGAGAAAAGCUUGAUAGAGGUUCAGAGCUGAAUGUGCAGAGAGUUGAGUUUUCCAACAAUUUGCACCGGAACUUUGUUUUGAAUCCUAAGGCUCUGGGUCAUGACCGGAGGCCUAUUGGAAACAUGCAUUAUGGUGUUGAACUCGAGGAUGAAGAAGAAAUUGAGGGCAAUUUUGGAGAUUUGGACUGUGAAUUGAUGGAAGAACCUCUGGAGGUUGCUGAGGAACGCAAAGUUAUUCAUGGGAAGGAUCCUGGCAAAAAAAUUAAUGAGAUUCAAGCUGGUAAAAGUAAACAAGAAGUGGAAAAGUUGGCAAUUGAAUUACUUGCAACGAGAGCAUUUACAGCUAUGGAGAUGAAGAAAAAACUCAUAGGAAAGAGACUUCCAGUUGAUAGUGUUGAUUCAGUUGUUACAGACUUCCAGAGCAGGGGUCUGUUAGAUGACUGUUUAUAUGCGGAAACAUUUUCUCGAUCCAGAUGGUCUUCCUCUACCUGGGGUCCUCGACGAAUUAAGCAAGCCUUACUGAAGAAGGGAGUAAAUGAAAUAGUCGCACAGAAGGCAAUAAAACUAGUUUUCGAGGGUGGUGAAUCUGGUCGAGAUCAAGAUUCAAGAAUUGGUAUGUCUCAGGCAUCUAUCGAUCGGCUAUUUGAUCAGGCCUCAAAGCAAUGGUUACGAAGUCGUGAUGUGCCUCUAGAGACUCGAAAAUCAAGAAUUGUUCGAUGGCUUCAAUAUCGGGGAUUCAGUUGGAAUGUUGUUGCUUUUGUACUAAAGAAGUUAGAGUCUGAGUACCCUUCCUGA